AAUAAGGAUGCCUUAAAAAGCUACCAUGGACAAAUAUAUUAAGGUGCAAAAGAUUGGUGAAGGAUCUUUUGGAAAAGCAAUUCUGGUUAAAGCAAAGGAAAAUGGCAAACAGUAUGUUAUUAAGGAAAUUAACAUAUCCAAGAUGUCAAAUAAAGAAAGAGAAGAAUCAAGAAGAGAAGUUGCUGUUUUGGCAAAUAUGAAACAUCCGAAUAUUGUUUUGUACAGAGAAUCAUUUGAAGAAGCUGGCUGCCUUUAUAUAGUAAUGGAUUAUUGUGAAGGAGGAGAUCUGUUUAAAAAAAUCAAUGCACAAAAAGGAGUCUUUUUUUCAGAAGACCAGAUCAUGGAUUGGUUUGUACAAAUAUGUUUAGCACUGAAGCACGUACAUGAUAGGAAAAUUCUGCAUCGAGAUAUAAAAUCACAGAAUAUAUUUUUAACCAAAGAUGGAACAAUACAGUUGGGAGACUUCGGUAUAGCUAGAGUUCUGAAUAGUACAGUGGAACUUGCUCAAACUUGUAUAGGAACACCAUAUUACUUGUCACCAGAAAUCUGUGAGAAUAAACCUUACAAUAAUAAAAGUGACAUGUGGGCCCUUGGGUGUGUGCUUUAUGAAAUGUGUACAUUGAAGCAUGCAUUUGAAGCUGGUAAUAUGAAAAAUUUAGUUCUCAAAAUAAUCUCUGGAUCAUUUCCUCCUGUUUCUACACGUUAUUCCCAUGAACUUCGGAGUCUUAUUUCACAGUUAUUUAAAAGAAAUCCAAGAGAUCGACCGUCUGUCAACUCCAUAUUGGAGAAAAUGUUUAUAGUUAGACGCAUUGAGAAAUUUCUUACACCACAGCUUAUUGCAGAGGAAUUCAGCCAUAAAAUAUUUCAGAAGUUUGGACCUCAUGCUGGGCCAGCAAAGAGACCAGCCCAAGGACAAAACCUAGCCUCUGCUGCACCUGCUCACAAAAUUACCAAACCUGCUGCUAAAUAUGGAGUGCCUUUAAUACUUAAGAAAUCUGGGGAUUCAACUAAGAAGUUCUGUGAGAAGCCUAUAAUUAAAUGUAGACAAGGCCCUCCACCUCCAUUGAAGAAAGGGAAACUACUAGGCGAAAGGAUGAAAAUGUUUGAGGAAGCAGUUAAAAAGAAAAGGCUAGAGGAAAAACAACAGCGUGAACAGAUCAGUUUUAUGAAGGUUGAGCAAAUGAGAAGACUUGGAAAAGAAAGGAUGGAACGAAUAAAUAGAGCCAGAGAGCAAGGAUGGAGAAAUGUUCUCAGCAUAAGUGGAAGUAGUGAAAUCAAGGCUCAGUAUUUUGGUGGGGGAGGAGCUAAUGUGCCUUUACCUGUUCCUGAUCGAGGACCAUAUGAACACUACCAUGCUAUUUUUGAUCAGAUACAGCAACAAAAAGAAAAUCUUAAAAUAGAAGGAAAAGAUGUAAAGUUGAAUGAAAAGCCGGGUCUAGAGCCUAGUCAAAGAGGAUCUCCACCUGGAGUUCAUGCAGGAAUUCAUAAUGGGCCUGCAGCUUACCAUCAUUCAUCUGAUGCAGAUGCUAUUAGGAAAGGAAUGAAAAGAUUGGAGAAGGUCUCUAGACAAGCCAAUGCAAACAGGCAAAAAGGAUGGAUAGCUGCAGAAAGAGCCAAACAACUUGAAGAAUUCUGGCAACGGAAGCGAGAAGCCAUGCAAAACAAAGCCCGUGCUGAAGGACAUAUGGGCACACUGCAAAACCUGACAGCUAUCUAUGGAGGCAGGUCCAUUUCUUCAAGAGGAAGAAAAGCCAGAAACAAGGAGGAAGAGGAAUACUUGACAAGACUGAGGCAAAUUAGACUUCAAAACUUUAAUGAACGUCAAGAAAUAAAAGCAAAACUUCGUGGAGAAAAGAAUGAAAACAGUGGUUCCCCUGUCCAUGAAAUAAAUGAAGAAACAGAAUCAAGGCGUAAAAAAGUUGAAGCACUAAAGGCACAAGCAAAGGCCCGGGCUGCAGUCCUGAAAGAGCAGUUAGAACGAAAGAGAAAAGACGCAUAUGAAAGAGAGAGAAAAGCUUGGGAAGAGCAUCUAGUGUCCAAAGGGAUAAAAACUCCAGUGGGAGCUUCAGAAUUAAGUCCUACUAAGCAGGAGGAAAGUUCUCCUACUAAAUUAAAGCUCAAUUCACCACAGAUCAUCACAAUGACAUCAGCUUUGAAGGAAGUGGGUGCAGAUGAAAAUGCAGUACUUGUCCAGGAAGAGGAUAUUAAACCUGAUCUUUCUAUACAUAGCAAGCGAGAAAUACUUCGAAGACUGAAUCAAAAUCUUAAAGCACAUGAAGAUGUGAAAGAGAACAGGGAGCCCGAAGACACCUCAGAAAUCCCUGUGGCUGGUGAGAAUCAUCACCAACAAGUAGCAAUAUGUCCAGUUUCAGUUGAUCGCAAGAAAUGGGAAACAGGGCCACAGCUUGUAGUUCCACUAGCACAAUUAACAAUGGAAGAAUCCUUCUCUCGAACAGAAGAACAAACAUUUGGAGAAGUUAUUAAAUUAGAUGUUGCUGAACCCCAGCGAAAAGUUUGGGAUAAUAGCUCUAUUGAUUCUGUACUGAAGAAACUUGGGGAAGUUGAAUUACAGCUUCAAACUGAUCUGAUGGAUAACUUAAACAUUAACAGUGAAGUGUCAAAGACAACUUUAACAGCAGGAAAGAGCGAUGAUACUAGAGCAGUAACUUCUGUUGAAGGAAAAUCAUCCAUUGAAGCUGAUAAUAGUGAAAAUUUGGCAAUAGCAAGCCUUCAUGGAUCUGACUUAGGCCAGUUAUCAUCUGAACCUAUUCUGACAGAAGAAUCAGAUGGUUUGGAAGAAGAAUUGCUAGAAGAAACCCAAAGAAACAAAUGUCAAACAGAUAUAUUUCCUGUUGCUGAAGUAUGGGUUAAUGAAGGAAAAGAAAAGGAAACAAUGUCAGAAAUUCAUACUGAUAAUUGUCACUCCGACGACAACAAAGAUCUUGCUAUAGAAGAUGGAAAUCAUAAAAAAAUACCAAUCCUUGAUGAACCAUCAGUAGAGACCAACAGCCCUGCACUGCCUGAACCCUUUUUUCAGAAGGUCCAGGAGCACCAAGCAAGACUAGUAGCUUUUCCAGUUCUUUCAACACAGUCUUCCUUUGAAGAUUCUCUUCCAACAAGAUCACGCUCUGUAUCGCCAGAGAAAACAAAAGGCAAAAAUUCAGUGUUGGUAGGACUUUCUACAGGUCUGUUUGAUGCAAACAACCCAAAGUUGCUGAGGACAUGUUCCCUUCCAGAUCUUUCAAAAUUAUAUAGAACUUUAGUUGAUGUUCCCAGUGUUGCAGAUAUCCAAAAUCAACAGAACCUUGAAAUUGAUGAUGUGGAAGAUGUACCAAUUAAAGAACAUUCAGAUUCUGAAGAAAUUAUUUUUGGGGAGACUGAUACAGAUUUGCAAGAGCUUCAGGCAUCGAUGGAGCAGUUACUUCUAGAGCAACCCAGUGAUGAAUUUAGUGAAGAGGAAGAAACAACAUUAAAAGCCAAAUGUCUAGGAAAUGAUACAGAGGUGGAAGAGGAGGGCAACAAUUUCGGUAGUGAAAGUGCUUUUAAUGAAGAAUGGCAUUCAGACAAUAGUGAUGGUGAUAAUGCCAGCGAUUAUGAGGAAUAUAAUAGUGUGUUCAGUCAUCUAGAAGAGCUGAGGUGUAACCUGGAAAAAGAAAUAGGCUUUGAAAAAUUCAUCAAAAUUUAUGAAGAAAUAAAGGCUAUACAUGAAGAUGAAGAUGAAAGUAUUGAUAUUUGUUCAACAAUAGUUCAAAAUAUUUUAGGAAAUGAACAUAAACAUCAGUAUGCUAAAAUUCUCCAUUUAGUAAUGGCAGAUGGUGCAUACCAGGAAGACAAUGAUGAAUAACAUGCUUUGGUGACAUUCUAAACAAAAGCAGGUGUAUGGAUUUUAUUCUGUAAUAACAAACUGUACAACAAAAUAACACUCGGAACAGACUUAAAAUCUUGUUGGCUGUAAGAAGAAAAUGGAAAAAAUGACUCUUUUCACCAUUUUAUAAAUAUCUGUUGAUAUAUAGCUUCAAUCCUUCAGUAACACAUUGAAGACUAUGUUCUAUUUAAAACGAAUGAGAAGGAAUAGAAAGACUGACUCAGAAAUAAUGUACUUGAAAGUAUCAUGUAUGAACAAGCACAUGAUCUAAUAGCUAUUAUUGUUUUUUUCUUUUUACCUAAGCAGUAAAAAGGAACAAACAAAAUAAUAUAUUUUUGUGCUCCUAACAACCUUCUUAAAAACCUUGACUGCUUCGGUGGAAUUUUUAAAGAUGACUUUGUUUUCUGCAUAGGAUGACCAUUUUUCAGUGAUACUACUUGAUUUUUAAGUGCAUACAACAUGGAAGUAAUUUCUCUGAAAUUAGUGGAACAUUUUACAUGCAUUUAAAAUAAAUUUUAUUUUUGAAUUUUGCUGUAGAACGUGAUUGUAAAAUUAUUUAAAAUUCUCAGAAUCAGUUUAUUAUUUUUCACUUUGAAAUCCCUCAACUCAGUUUCAAUACAGUUUUUGUCAGCUUGCAGAAUUAAGUGAUUUUCCACUGUAAAUCAAAGGAGCUUUCAGAAUGAAGGUUUCUUGUUAGAGUAGUAUGUAUGCAGCUGCUUUUUUCGUUCACCUGUAACAAUGCCAUCCUAGCAAAAACAAAUGCAGUAUUGCUGUUGUUUUGAAAGAUACAUGCAUAUUCUACAGCUGGAUUGUUUAAAAGGAAGAAUCUGGAUUUUAUUUCUUUGGCUUUUCACUGAAAAGUAAUUCUUUAGUGGGGAGAGAAAGAAUUUCUGCGAGAUAAUGAAUCAAAGCAUUUAUAGUAUAUAACAGAUAGUAUUGACCAGCUGAAUCAGCUGAAUAACAACGGUUUAUCUUGAAAAUAUAAUUCUGUAUUUCCUGGCUAACAAUGGAAAGUGGAAUGUAUAUAAAGUAUAAUUCAAUUUUUAAAGUAAUUAUAACUAUGAAAUAAAGAUUGGAGAUGUUGUUUAUAUGGUAA